GUCCGUCACUAUAAUAGAACAGAAGGUGAAAACAGCGAAGAGACAUCAUAUGAAGAUUAUGAGGAAGGAACAGAUGAUUAUGAUGAAAAUGCCGAAGAGGAAGAUGAGUUGGGAAAUGCAAGCGCAGCCUUCAGAGGUCAAGAUACCCGUCGGCGACGACCUCCAGACAGCAGGGAACGAAAAAGACCACAGCCUCCACGAUCCAGACCCACAGAAAGGCAAUUGGAAGCUGACAGAAGACGAGAAUACGAAAGUACUAGAAGACCACCGUACCAACCCUAUCCGCCCCCAACGCGGACGCCUUAUUACCCAACUCCUUAUCCUGACAGAACGCCUUAUUAUCCAACAUACUAUCCAACUACAACAGAAGCUCCUACUACUCCAGAACCACCAAAACCUACAGAACCUCCAAGAACUCCAGAACCAGAAACUAUAGAAAGUCCACAACCCGAAGAGAAAUUGGAAACGCCACCGGAAAAUUUGGUAACUCCAAGACCAC